UUAUAAAUUCUACACUAUAAAUUAUUUAUAAUUUAUGUCUUUAAAUUUAUACCUAUAGAUAGCGCUGUAGUAUUAUAUGUUACAUUCGUUACAAUGCAGUGAUAUUAGACACAACUUAAAUCUAAGUAAAGAAGCAGCUGUCAGUUAUGGCAAGAUAUUCUAGUGAAUCGGACUCAGAUCAUAAUAGCAAGUAUCGUCGAAGACGUAGUAGGAGAUCUAGAUCAUCUAGUUCAGAUUCUAGCGAUUCAUCUUCUCAUAGACGAAGAUCAUCCAAACACUCAAAAACAAAGCGUAGACAUCGCUCACAUUCCAGAAGCAGAGGGAGAGAUAGAGAUCAUAGCCAAAAAAGUUACAAAAGCUCUAGAAACAGUCAUUCAAAAGGAAGAGAAAGACAUAGGUAUCAUUCUAGAUCACGUUCUUCAGAUUGUUCCAAGAGAAAAGCUAGAUCAGCUUCAAGAGAAAAAUCUGGGAGUCGUUCAAGUAGUUCACAAUCUAAUGUAAAGACUAUUGUGUCUGAAAAAACUAAAAAUGUUUUAAUAAAAGGUGAUUUUCCAAUUGAACCACGUUUUAAAGAAGGUGUGUUAGAGGAAAUCAAUUCUGAAGGUUUUACACCCAAACAAUUUUCGUCUAAUACAAAGGAAAAGAAAUUUAAGAACAUUGUUAUAGAUAUUAAUGCAGAUACUAUACAAAUCCCGGCAGUGGCUGAAGUCCCUUGCGGAUCUGAAAGUAUCUUUCAUUCUUCGAUAAUGAUCGAUCAGGAAGCCAGAUUUGAUAAAUGGGUGAAAAAAUUGUACACUCUUAGACAGAAAGCUAUAGCUGAUUUGAUACAUUCAAAUGUUACUUGAUAGUUGAAUAAUUAUUUUUACUAAAAUUUAUUAGUGUAAACAAAUGUUAAUCUCUUGAUGGUCAUACCUUGUAAUAAAUGGUUAUAAUUAAAAAUUCAAAAUGCACAAAUAGGUAAUCAACCAUUUUUUGUACUAAUAAAUAAUCGCAUUUUUAUAUUUAUAAACACACUUGCUUCUUUCAUUUCCUAGGCGUAUUAUUUUAUUAGAAACGUAAGAUAUAGAAAUAAAAAUAAUAUAUUAUUGUAUAAUCAAGAAACAAUUCUCUUAAGAACAAAAUUAUGCGUUUUUGACCGAUUAGGUCGAAAAGUUAAAAUACGUUAUGGGAGUAAUAAAGUAUUUUGUAUAUAAGUGUAUAAAUUAAAUGUAAGAAAUAAGUAAAAUAUAAACAUUUUAUAAUUCUUGUUAUCAGA